GAAAAAAGCCGCUUUUAGCUUAAAAGGCAAAAGCACCGAUUAAUCGCUUCACUUAUCUUCUGAUUUGGUAAGGGCUUGGAUCUGGAGCUCUCUCUCUCUCUCUCUCUCGUCUCUUCACCUGUGUCGCAGCAAAAGAUGGUUGAUAUGGAGAGAACAGAACUGAAGAAGUCAGAUUCAGCCGGGUUGGACAAUAGUAUCACUCCAGAUAGUUCAAUGUGGCUGGUAGAAUAUCUGGAAGAGAUGGACCAGAGCAUUAAGCAAAUGCUGAAGCUGAUCAAAGAAGAUGGUGAUUCUUUGCCCAACAAAGACGAGAUGUUUUUGCAGAAGAUGUUGGAAUUAGUUCAGGAAUUUCACCGGAUGUAUCGGUCACUAGCCGGGUGCUAUGAACACUUGACCAAAGAAGCACAUAAGGGGUUUGGAGGUUCUGAAUAUGGUUUCAACCAAUGCUCUCCUCUGCUGACUCCCGAUGCUAAACAUGGUUUGCGGAAAUCCGACGAUCAAGUUGUUGGUUUUGAUAUAUCACUAAGCUCAGAUGGUUCUAGUCCAGCUCUUACUUUAAAGAAUGGCGCUGAAUCGUCUUCCUCUUCAUCAUUGGGAUCCGAGUCAGAUUCUCCUAAUUCCCUGGUCAGCAAUUACUUGGUUCCACCUCCGAGCACUGAUUUCGACAGUUAAGGAUGGCAGCUGAAGAUUGCUGUUAAAGAACAACAAUGCUCUACGAGAUGGCAUUGCAAGAUGAUAUAAGCCGCCUGAAGGUAGAAGUUGCUGAUAAAAAUGGACAUG